AUGCUUCAAGUACCUAUUCGGGAACACUCCAGUCAGGCCUCAACAAAGGCUGUGAUCCUGGUUGGAGGCCCCUCGCGAGGCACUCGUUUCCGCCCAUUGUCGCUCGAUGUGCCUAAGCCCCUGUUCGAGGUCGCUGGCCACCCGAUCAUUCACCACUGCCUGAAGGCCGUUGCCAAGGUCCCCGAUGUGCGCGAGGUUAUCUUAGUCGGAUACUACGAUGAGAGUGUCUUCCGUGACUUUAUCAAGGAUUCUACAAAGGAAUUCCCUCAGUUCCGCAUUCAAUACCUGCGGGAGUACACUGCCUUGGGCACCGCUGGUGGUCUCUACCACUUCCGUGAUGCUAUUCUCAAGGGUAAGCCAGAGCGAUUGCUUGUUCUGAAUGCAGAUGUCUGCUGCUCAUUCCCCUUGGGAGAGAUGCUGCGUCUUUUCGAAGAUAAGGAUGCAGAGGCCGUGAUUCUGGGUACCCGGGUGAGCAACGAUGCUGCCACCAACUUUGGUUGCAUUGUCUCGGACUCGCACACCAAGCGUGUGCUGCACUACGUCGAGAAGCCUGAGUCACAAAUUUCCAAUCUGAUCAACUGCGGUGUCUACCUCUUCGCUACCGAAUGCAUCUUCCCCGCCAUCCGCAGCGCAAUCAAGCGCCGUCACACCCGCCCCCGUCUCCUCUCCUACCCCUCCUCCGAAAACCUGGAAUCAUCCUUCAUUGCUUCGCCUGGCGAGGAUGACGAUACUGAGAAGAGCGAGAUGCUACGUCUCGAGCAGGAUAUUCUCUCCGACCUUGCAGACAGCAACCGAUUCUUCGUCCACGAGACUAAGGACUUCUGGCGCCAGAUCAAGACCGCUGGUUCUGCCGUCCCCGCCAACGCCCUUUACCUCCAGAAGGCAUUCCAGGCCCAAUCUGAAGAGCUCAUGCCUCCCUCUGCUACUAUCGUGCCUCCAGUUUACAUUCACCCCACUGCCGAGGUUGACCCCACCGCCAAGCUUGGUCCCAACGUCUCCAUUGGACCCCGCGUGGUUGUUGGCGCCGGUGCCCGUAUUAAGGACUCAAUUGUCCUCGAGGACAGUGAAAUCCGCCACGAUGCUUGUGUGAUGCACUCCAUCAUUGGCUGGAGCAGCCGUGUUGGUGCCUGGGCUCGUGUGGAGGGAACCCCCAUUCCCGUGGGCUCCCACUCCACCAGCAUUGUCAAGCAGGGCGUCAAGGUCCAGAGCAUCACUAUCCUUGGUAAGGAGUGUGGUGUCGGCGAUGAAGUCCGUGUGCAAAACUGUGUUUGCCUUCCUUACAAGGAGCUCAAACGAGACGUUGCCAACGAAGUUAUUAUGUAA